AUGCUGAGCCGGCUCGGGGCGCUGCUGCAGGAGGCCGUGGGGGCGCGGGAGCCCAGCAUUGACCUGCUGGAGGCCUUCGUGGAGCACUGGAAGGGCAUCACGCACUACUACAUUGAAAGUACAGAUGAAAACACACCCGCCAAGAAAACGGAUAUUCCCUGGCGGCUGAAGCAGAUGCUGGACAUCCUGGUGUACGAGGAGAGGCAGCAGACGGCAGCUGGUGAGGCCGGGCCCUGUCUGGAAUACUUGCUGCAACACAAAAUCCUGGAGACGCUGUGCACACUGGGCAAGGCCGAGUACCCCCCAGGGAUGCGACAGCAGGUAUUCCAGUUCUUCAGCAAGGUUCUGGCCCAGGUGCAGCACCCCCUCCUGCAUUACCUCAACGUCCACAGGCCUGUGCAGAAGCUUCUCCGACUUGGCGGGACAGUUCCUGGAUCCCAAACAGAAAAGGAGGAGGUACAGUUCACCACCGUCCUCUGCUCCAAGAUCCAACAGGACCCAGCCCUGCUCACCUACAUCCUGGAAGGUAAAAAGAUUGUCAGUAGGAAGAAGUCAUCCAAAGAACCCACCACCCUGCCUAGAGAGGCAGCCAGCAUCCAAGACAAGGACCACCCCCGCAGCAAGGCUCCUGACACGAGUCCCUGCGGGGCCCGGGCCUUGAGCACGCAGCUGCCUGCCGAGACAGAGGAGCCAGAUGGAGCGGCUGGGGAAAGCAACCUCAUCACCUCCCUGAUCGGGUUGUGCAAAAGCAAGAAAGGUCGGGUGGCUCUGAAGGCCCAGGAGAACCUGCUGCUCCUGGUAAGUGUGGCUUCGCCUGCAGCUGCCACCUACCUGGUGCAGAGCAGUCCUUGUUGCCUUGCUGUGGUCGAGCACCUCUGCCACCUGUACCAGUCCGUGCCCCCCUUCCUGGACCCGGCCGACAUUGCCGCGCUAGAGGGCGUCAGCUGGAGGUUGCCCAGUGCCCCAUCUGAUGAGGCUUCCUUCCCUGGCAAGGACGCCUUGGCUGCCUUUUUGGGCUGGUUUGAUUACUGUGACCACCUCAUCACAGAGGCACACAUGGUGGUUGCAGACGCCUUGGCAAAGGCUGUGGCUGAGAAGUUAUUUGUGGAGAUUCUGCAGCCCCACCUCCUGCAUGUUUCUGAGCAGAGCGUCCUGACCUCCACCGCCUUGCUCACGGCCAUGCUGCGUCAGCUCCGCUCUCCUGCCCUGCUGCAAGAGGCUGUGGCUUUCCUCCUGGGCACAGACCCACGGGCUGCAGCCCCCGACGACGGCCCCCGCACUCUGUGCGCUCACCUCAUCGGGCACUGCGACCACCUCUCUGACGAGAUCAGCAUCACCACCCUGCGGCUAUUCGAGGAGCUGCUCCAGAAGCCGCACGAGCAGGUCAUCCGCAGCCUGGUCCUGUGCAACCUGGAGGGCCGCCAUUAUGUGGCCCGGGGCUCACCCGAGCCCGAGAGCUACGAGGACACCCUAGAUCUGGAGGAAGACCCUUACUUCACAGACGGCUUCCUCAACUCCAGCUUUCACCCCUCAGCAAAGCCUCCCCCAGCCCCUGCCACCAACUCAGAUGGCAAAACAGCAGUGACCGAGAUUGUCAACAGUUUCCUCUGCCUGGUUCCUGAGGAAGCCAAGACCUCGGCUUUCCUAGAGGAGACCGGAUAUGACACGUACGUCCACGAUGCUUAUGGACUGUUCCAGGAGUGCAGCUCCCGAGUUGCCCCUUGGGGCUGGCCCCUGGGCCCCACACCCCUGGACCCCCAUGAGCCCGAACGGCCUUUCUUUGAGGGUCACUUCCUCCGAAUGCUGUUUGACCGCAUGUCCCGGAUUUUGGAACAGCCAUACAGCCUGAACCUGCAAGUGACCUCAGUCCUGUCCCGGCUUGCCCUCUUCCCCCACCCCCUUAUCCACGAGUACCUCCUGGAUCCCUACAUCAACCUGGCCCCUGGCUGCAGGAGUCUGUUCUCUGUGCUCGUCAGGGUGAUCGGGGACUUGAUGCAGAGAAUUCAGAGAGUACCCCAGUUCCCGGGCAAAUUGCUCCUGGUGCGCAAGCAGCUGAUGGGUCAGGUCCCUGGGGAGCAGCUGGACCACCAGACUCUCCUCCAGGGCGUGGUGGUUCUUGAGGAAUUCUGCAAGGAGCUGGCUGCCAUUGCUUUCGUCAAGUUCCCCCCACAUGGUCCUCACCUGCACCUCUCCUCUCCCCGAGAAGGGCACGUCUGAGCCAGGAACAGGACAGGAGGGGAGACUUCUGUCCAUACCUCUGCCCAAGAGCUGCCUCGCACCUGGCACUGCCGCCACCUCCUGCCUCCCAGGUUGGGGGCUUGGUUCCAUCUCUACCUCCCAGGCACCUCUGCCUCUGAGGAGGCCUGGGCUUCCACUCCCAGGUUAACUCAAGAAGAUCGUGGCCUGUCAGUCACACGAGACUGGGUUCAGGGAGUGGGUCUCCAAGGUACCAGAAGCCAAGGAGCAAAAGAGAUGGCCUCCCAGACAGCAUGGUGUCCUCGGGGCCUUCUCGGGGCAGCUGGGUAAUUGCCAGGCGAGCACCCAGACCCAGACCCUCACAUGUCCUGUGCCUAUUACCCGAGUCGACGGGCCAUUCGUGGCCAGGGCCAAGACCUGUGGCUCGGUUCCAGGGGCACAGAGGGGAGUGA